GAAGGGAAUGGAGGAGGUGACGGAAGGGCAUCACUUCGUGCUGGUGCAUGGCGCCGGCCAUGGAGCCUGGUGCUGGUUCAAGCUCCGGUGCCUCCUGGAGGCCUCAGGCCAUCGCGUCUCGUGCCCGGACCUGGCGAGCGCCGGCAUCCACCCGGCCGACCCCAACUCCAUCCUCUCCAUCGAUGAGUACGAUGCACCCCUCUUCAGCAUCAUGUCUGCCUUGCCGGAGCACGAGAAGGUGAUACUGGUGGGGCACAGUGCGGGAGGACUGAGCGUAACUCACGCGUUGCAUGUCUUCAACAACAAGAUCAAGGUGGCCAUCUUCGUUGCAGCAACCAUGCUUCCAUGGGGAUACCAAACGGAAGAAGACAUCAAAGAUGGAGUUCCUGAUCUAUCACGAUUUGGAGAUGUUUAUGAGCUCAAAUACAACAUGGGGCCUAAUAAUCCACCCACGAGCGUGGCACUGCGAAAGGAAUUCCAACGCAAAAUACUCUAUCAGUUGAACCCAAUUGAGGACUCCACGUUGGCUUCCAUGCUACUACGACCAUGGCCGGCCACUCUACCCAGCACAAGGUUCCACAAAGUGGAGGGGUUGGAGCAAGCAAGACGAGUGUACAUAAAGACCACACAUGACAACAUGGUGAACCCACAGCAGCAAGACGCCAUGAUCCGGAGGUGGCCACCGGAUGAGGUGUUGGUCAUGGAGACCGAUCACAGCCCCUUCUUCUCGGCUCCCAUGGAGCUCUUCAAACUGGUGAUGAAGGCAUCCCACCUGCGCCCAUGAUGUACCAUGAGAUCCAUCUCUGUUAAUGAUCAUGUAUGCGUUGUCAUGUUCAUACAUCCAGUUUAAAGUACAUUAAUAGUUUGCCCAAGAGGCUUGGGAGGUGAGGAAAGAUUUUGAUGUUGAAGAAGACUAAAUCAAUCAACCAUUAGUUCAUAAACAUGGAAUAUCUUUGUUUCA